AUGAUCAACGAGGUGGACGCUGAUGGUAAUGGCACCAUUGACUUCCCAGAGUUUUUGACUAUGAUGGUUAGAAAAAUGAAAGACACAGACAGUGAAGAAGAGAUCCGCGAGGCAUUCCGAGUCUUUGACAAGGAUGGCAAUGGCUACAUCAGUGCGGCUGAGCUACGCCACGUCAUGACAAACUUAGGAGAAAAACGAACAGACAAAGAAGUAGAUGAAAUGAUCAGAGAAGCAGACAUUGACAGCGAUGGACAAGUCAUCUAG